CCUGUUUUAGUUCGGAAGAUGCGAAUUUUUAAAGGAGCGCAGUUCGGUAUCAACAUGCAUGAUUACUGUUAAUUUGAGGCGGUUUGGCAUCAUUGCAAAGUGGGCUCAAGCCCCACGCCGACUUUUCGGUCAUAUAUUAAUAACGGGUUUGACAGUGGCAGAUGGCAAGUUGUUUAUAACAGCUUUUUAACGCGAAGAAGUACAAGUUAUUACUCUGAGUGUGUUUUUGGAGCCCUCGAAAAUUUUUUACCAUAGGAACAUGUACUAUAGUUCGGGGGGCAACAUUUCGCUGGGCAAGCGCAGACGACUGGAACUGGUCGCCUAACCUGGCAGUUGUGGUGGGAGUGCAGUGUUUCAUGUGUUUCGGCGUCCAUUAAGAUUUCGCAGUUAAUUCUGAACUCAUUUAGUGGAAAAAGUAGCAAAUUAGCGAAAAUUCGUCAAAAAGCCCACGUAGUGGUCGUGUAGCCUUAGCAGGCGAGAAUUUCUAACAGUUUUCGAGACGUAAGUGACUAAUAGUGUAAGUUCAUUGGUGUAUUGAUUUUUCAGUUUGGAACAGGGACAAAUAUGGACUCCGACACAGAUCGUCGGACGUAUCGAAAAUUCCGCGUUGCUCUCGUCCGGAAAAACACGCGCUUUCGUCGAAAUUUUCCCCGGAAAUUGCAUAAACUUUAGUGCGUUGCCCCGUAUGCUACCGAGUCUUUGUUGCUUGAAAAGCUUUCGGUUUAGUUGACACACCUCGUUCUAAGCGAUGCCGUUCCGUAAGUCCGCAACGUUCCUAAAAGACGGAUAUUCCUGCUGCCGUCGCAGUCCACCCUCAUCAGGGGCCCGCAGGUCGAAACGUCGGAAAGGUCCGGAAUUCCUUCGCUUGGUUGUGUGAAUGUGGCGAAUGAAUGGCUAUUUUGCGUAAAAGAUUGAUGUUUGUUAUCGUUAACAUGUGCAUGUCGCGCUUCGCCCCUCAAUGAGGGAGGACUCGGUUCUCGAGCCAUUUUGCGGUGUGUCAGCUCUAUUGCCAGGGCGCUAAAAGGUUUUAUACCCAAAAAUUGCCGGUCCCGCGCGAAAAAACCUACUAGAAAGCCAAAAAUGUUGCUCUAACAACCCAAGCACUGGGUCUAGCCAUUCCUAAGACGAUGGAUUUUACCAAGAAAAUAAUACCUGUGGCUUUGGUUUUCACACUAUUUCAUACAGUGGAUAGAGCUUUGAAAUGUCAUCUCGUAGAAGGAGUCGCAGCAGGGAGAGGAAGAAUUUAUCUUCCAAACUUCGUAUGGACAAGAAUGCUCUUCCCACAAGGAUAACCGACCCUAGUUUACCUGCUGGAAGACGACGUGAAAUUGAUAACGUCAUGAAGAAAGCACGAGCGCACAAUUCGCCCAAUUCGAGUGCCAUUUGGGAAAAGAAACUGCUGGAAGUGGAAGCGAAGGAUUCCAAUAGAUGGAGGCACUCAGGCUACAAGUCGUUAUACCUGGAUGGCGGCUCCUCCUCCCGUUCUCGUUCGCGUUCGCGCUCGUUUUCCUCGACUCGCCGUGGAAUCGGCGCGAGCUCUCCGUCUCCUCGACGAGCUCGGUCGCCUCGCGCUCGUUCGCCCCGAUCACCGCCGCCCCGAGCCCGUUCGCCGCGAAGCCCGCCGCCUCGAGGUAGGAGCCCCCGGUCGCCUCCCGCUAGGAGAACUACGUCGCCCAUAGCUUACAGAGGCGGACGGCCCAGGACUCCCCCAUCCCCCAGGAAAAACAGCAAAUGCGUGCGGAGGUCUGCUUCAGCCAGCAGUGUAAGCAGUUGCUCGGACGACUCUUGUUCAGUCUGCUCGCCUAAGCAUCGCCGUCGAUCCCGAUCGCGCAGUUUUUCGCCCUCGCGUCGUCCAUCUGCGUCCAGUGCGGUGCAAAAACCGCCUCCUCCCAAGCCCACCACUUCCCGGCGUCGCCCACCCAGUCCGUCUCCUCCGCCGCCCAGACGGAUGCCUAGGCCGAUGACGCCUCCUGUUGCGAAAAGGAUGCCUCGCCCCACUUCCAACGACAGGCCCACGGAUCCCAGAACGAGGCCUCCUCCGCCCAGGCCGAUGCCGCUUAAGGCCGCCCCGAAAUCUGGAGAAAAAGCGCCCACCAAGCAG